AUGCCUGCGCCGGCGGUGCCAGAGAUCACUGAAGACACCCUUCACGAAUCGAUUGAGGCCCGUACCGAGUCACUCGUCUCAUUGCGCGAGCUGGGCCCCCCGGAUCUCGUCCACCUUCUCAAGCAGAAUCGCAGCAAUCCAGGCCGACACAUUGGAGUUUACCAUCAUGUCACAGGCGUAGAUGCAUCGUCAUCGGCCAGUCUGGCUGCAUAUAUCAACACCCUCACCUACAACAAAGAGCAGGGCCCGACUGCUGGUAACAAAAUUACAGAGGGUAUUUAUUGUUGCUACAAUGCCUUCUCACGCCUGGAUAUGCGUGUCCACGUCACGAUCCCCGGAACUGUCGAGAGCUAUUGUGUCGACGAGCGGGGUGAGAAGCGCAAGGCGACCGAAGAGCUGUGGUUAGAGACCUACCUAUGCAGCGUGCUACGAGCCUACUCUUACGCCGACGAUGGAAGUGGCGAUACCAUACGUAAGAUUAUGGGUGUUCGUCGAUUCAACCCCGUUACGAAUACCGAGACCGAGCACAGAUUCUUAAGCGCCGCAGAACAUCUCUUCUUCAGAGGUUGGCAAGUCGGAUCCGAUUCCGUCGUUCAGGUGCCAAACAACGUGUCGAACCAUCUGACUGCAGGUCUUCUAAAGUAUUUUCAUACCACAGGACGCUUUGCCUCCGCUAUCAAUCUCUUUGAGAAGCUUCGAUCGCAGAACGUCGAGGUCUCCUCAUUGCUGUCGAGGGUGCUGUUCAUGGGCAACGAAGAGGUACAGGGCGUGCGCGUGCUCUAUGAAGCCCUCAAGGAGUCACCCAUGGACUAUGUCAUGUUGGAUACGCAAGCUGAAUUCCUGAUGAGGAAGGCAAUGGCAGCACCGACUGCAGAACAGAAAGAGGAGCGCUUGAACAUGGCUUUGGGUUGUGCUGAUCGAAGCACCAUUGCUGCACCCAGUGAGUUCGGAACGUGGGCAAGACUUGCGCAAAUCUAUGUCAUCAAGGAAGAUUGGGAGAAUGCUUUGACCAUUUUGAACUCUUGCCCAAUGUUUACCUAUCAGGACAAGGAUGCUCCGCUCAUGCCAGAGCCAAAGGACGUGUACCUGCCCACACUUCCCGAGACGCGCCUAGACGAAAUUGACAGCGAACCCGAAUCCCGCCAAUAUGAACAGGUAGACUCUAGUCUACUCAACCUUAGAGCGGCUGCGUACAAGGGAACCUUUAAACAAGCGUAUGCCAUCUUGACAGAGAUGACUGCCAAGAUUGGCUGGGAUCAGUUGCUCAAGAUUCGAAGCAACGUCUUCGUCAUGGAGGAUGAGUACAGAAGUGAAAGACAGGAGCCAUCAGCAGCACCUGCGGCACGGAACCCUAGUACGGAUGGGCUGCGCGGAUCCCCUGAACCAACCAAUGGUGAACACAGCGACGAGGAAGGAGAUGGCGAAGAGAAGCCCUCGAAAUCUGAUGCAGACUCUACUGCACCGACACUGACCAACGGAAAAGAGGCAUCCUCUGUUGAGAAGCCGGAACAUACAAUUGAUCCAGGUGAGGUGAAAGCCGACGCCAUUCAGUCAGAUUCCAACAAUACUGCAACGACCGAGGAGCACUUGUCUCGUCUCAACAACAAGCGUCUAUGUGAGCGCUGGUUGGAUAGCCUUUUCAUGGUCCUUUACGAGGACCUACGUGUUUACACCAUUUGGCGCACCCAGAUGGCGCAGUAUCGUGCCCAAUCGAUGCAAUACAAGAAGUCGGCGGAGGAAUGGGAAAUCCUUGGCUCUCUGGCAGAGCGUUUGCAACAUCACGACGAGGCAGUCGAGGCGUACCGUGCCUGCUUGUCCCUCCGGUUCAGCCCCAAGGCGCUGACGGGCAUUCUGCGUGUCUAUGAGAAGCAGAAGAACACCAGAGAAACAAUCGCUAGCGUCAUUCGCCUGGUCGCCUGGCAGUACCGAUGGUACAGCGAGUUUUCGCCCGAGCUCCUCUACACUAUCCGCACUCUGAUAGAAGACGAAGGUGCCGUGAAAGUUCGGAGCAUCAUUCAAGCAACGAGUCUCAGCCAAAGCGUCUUGGAUUUGACACAUCACUACGCUGCCUUGUGCCACACCUUCCGCAGCAGUGGUACUGAAGGCUGA